UGUCUCACACUAGUCCCGACGCAUUGCAGUAGCGAGGAAGCCCGAACUGGUACAGCGCCAUAGACACAAGCCCGCUAAGCAAAUAUGUAAUGCAUCCAACAUGGAACACCAUCGUUAAGUUCAUACCAAAUUGGAUAGCUCCGAACCUUCUCACCUUCGCUGGGUUUAUGUGCAUGGUAAUAGAUGCCUUGUUACUAUCGUAUUAUGACUAUGAUUUCACCGCAUCGGGGAAGCCGGAGGGGUAUGAGGCGGGUGGCAGGGAGAUGUCGGAUUGGGUACUAACAGUUUGCGGGGUUCUGUUGUUCCUUGCUUACAAUUUGGAUGGCGUGGAUGGCAAACAAGCUCGUAAAAUAGGCGUGUCUGGCCCACUGGGAGAGCUAUUCGAUCACGGACUGGAUUCUUACAUUGUGUUCCUGAUUCCUUUCAGCCUCAUCUCUGUGUUUGGUAGGGAUGAAUAUUCGUUGUCGAUUUUCAGAGGCUAUCUCGUAGUAAUGAGCAUAGUUUUGAACUUCUACGUGAGCCAUUGUGAGAAAUACACCACAGGUACAUUGUAUUUGCCUUGGGGAUAUGACCUUAGUAUGUGGGUAGCAACCCUCCUAUUCCUGGUAGGAGGAAUUAAAGGACCAUCAGUGUACAAAUAUCACGUGUUACCUGGAAUCACAUUCGUCCAAGUUUUAGAAGUGGCCAUUCACGGCACAGGACUGUUUACUACACUGCCCGUCGCAAUUUAUAAUGUUUAUUUGUUUCGUAAAAACGCCAAAGGCAAAAAGAAAUCUCUAAUAGAAGUUCUGCGUCCAACGUGGUCAAUGUUAUUGAUGACAUCACUUAUGACGUUUUGGGGUCUCCAGACUCCGAACAACAUCGUGGAGAACGACCCCAGAGCAUUUCUUCUAUUAUUUGGAACUUUAUUUAGUAAUAUUGCUAGUCGCCUGAUAGUAUCAGAAAUGAGUAGCCAACGCUGCGAGGCAGUAUGCUGGCUGUUCUGGCCUUUGCUUGCAGGAGUUUCCCUUUCGUUCUACCAACCACAUUUAGAAACUUCUUGUCUUUAUGCACUCCUGGUACUGAGUAUAUUAGCACAUGUGCAUUAUGGAAUGUGUGUGGUACGACAAAUAUGCAAAUAUUACAAUAUAAACUGCUUUAGAGUGCCCAGGUCAAAACAGAAAUGAAGUCAAAAUGAUCGAAAACUGUGUUUUUGAACCCGUUCUUGGACAGUCCUAAUACCCCACACAAAAACGUUUCUACUUUUCUUAUAUACCAUCAUCCUCUUAUCGUAUUAAUGGCAAACACGUGUUGUGGUGCGAGGUUUUGCCAAUCUGCAUGAGGUACUCGCCAAUAAUGCCCAGCAGCUUGAUUUUGAUUGCCUCUCCCGAUCGAAAACUGCGUCUUUUCCGAGUCGAGGCGCAUAAUUGCGAUUCACAACUGGCCGAUCGGAAACUUCUGAACAAUAGGUGAUUUAACUCACAUAUUAGAAAGAUAUUGUAGGAAUCAGGUUCAUCUUCUCGCUCAGAAACCCGUCUGAUUUAGAAACUACCCGAUCGGAUCAUUUCCGAUUUGAACCAAAAUCAGCACGCAGGGCGCGUAUAGGGAAGGAAUUGUAUGCCAUGUGGAGAGGUCAUAGUGCUUCAGUUCAGUAUAAAAUGUUCUAGAUACAUCAUUGAAUUUUGAGAGUGUUGUUCAUACUUCCCUAUGAAGAAGCAGUAGGCGGCAUUUACACAGAAUACACUUGGAAAUUACACUGUAAAGUCCGUAAUUGCUGUUUGAGAUCCAUAGGUAACGUC